GCUUCAUCGCUAAGCAACUUCCUCUAAUCGGCGUUGGUCACUCAGCGGACGGCGGGCAAAGGAUUUGGAACAAGUCGAGACCGGAUCAGAUCAGACAGGGGCUCGGCAGUCUUGAGAGGAGGGAAGAGGACUCCGAGGGUUCCUCGUGGAGGUCGGUGUCACUGGAGGUCACCCGGAGACAUGAAGACGGAGGAAUCGCCAUCGUGCUUAAAGCAGGCGGCUGCACCUCUAGCACUUGAUUCGGAGCGGGGGGGCCGGGAGAUGUGCGCCGGGUGUAGCACGGCCAUCGCCGAUCGCUUCCUGCUGCGGGCGAACGAGCGCUCGUGGCACGAGUCCUGCCUGAAGUGUGCGGCCUGUCUCCAGCCCCUGUCCGGCACCUGCUACUGCCGCGAUCGGGAGCUCUACUGCAAGCACGACUACCAGAAGCUCUUCACCACCAAGUGCAGCGGCUGCCUGAAGGCCGUGGCCCCCUCGGAGUUUAUCAUGCGUGUGCUGGGCAACGUGUAUCACGUCAGCUGCUUCUGCUGCUGUGAGUGCGAUCGGCGCCUGCAGCGAGGGGACGAGUUCGUGCUGAAGGAAGGGCAGCUCCUGUGUCGCAGCGACUACGAGAAGGAGCGAGAGAUGCUGAGUGCCAUCAGCCCAGCGCCCACCGAGUCAGUGAAGAGUGAGGAUGAGGAUGUGUGUCCUGGGCAGCUCCAGUGUAAGAGCGGUGACGAAGGUAAAGAUCACAAGAGGUCCAAGCGGCCACGCACCAUACUGACCACCCAGCAGAGGAGGGCCUUCAAAGCCUCGUUCGAGGUCUCGUCCAAACCGUGCAGGAAGGUCAGGGAGACGUUGGCCGCUGAGACAGGCCUCACUGUGCGAGUGGUGCAGGUCUGGUUUCAGAAUCAACGAGCGAAGAUGAAGAAACUGGCUCGACGGCAGCAGCAGCAGCAGCAGCAGGAACAGGAGCAGCUCAACAACCAGCGGCUGAGGUCAGGGCGCGGGACAGCUCGAGCCUCCAGGCAGAGCAACGAGGAUAGUGAAGAUGCCGUGAGUGCUGUGGGCCUGGAGGGUCUGAUGCUGUCCUAUCCCUCCCUGCAACGCCAGCAGCUGAUCGGCCUCGACCAAAACAGCUACAACACGGAUCACUUCCGGCAGGGCCUCACCCCGCCGCAGAUGCCCGGUGACCACAUGCAUCCUUACGAUUCCGACGCAGUUUUCCACGACAUGGACGGCGAAGGUUCCCUCAGUCACCUCGGAGAUUGUCUGCUCACCACCUCGGAACCCAACCUCCUGCCGAGCAGAGUUGGGAAUCCCAUAGAUAGGCUGUACUCCAUGCAAAGCUCGUACUUCACCUCCUGAUCUGCUGGUCUGCCACCUCCUUCCUGAUCCUUCAAGACCUCGUUUCUG